CAGCGAAGCAAUAAAUACCUCCUCCCCUCGGCUCCUCUGUCCUUUCCGAUUCUGGUCUCUCUCACCUUAACUCUCCUUUUGGAGCCCUCGAUUCCACGAUUCCGAGGCGAUUUCCGGCCGCUGAAGGGAUCGUCGAGCGUUUUGAUUGGCGGAGAUCGCCGCAGGCGAAUCGCGAAGAGGGCUGAUCCCAAAAGGAGAGUUUGCAAUGGAGCACGAUGAGACCGGAUGCCAAGCACGUGAAGGACCAAUCCUUUGCAUCAACAACUGUGGAUUCUUCGGAAGUGCCGCAACCAUGAACUUGUGCUCCAAGUGCCACAAGGACAUGAUUCUCAAGCAGGAACAGGCCAAGAUGGCGGCAUCCUCGAUCGACAGCCUCGUGAAUGGCAAUGGCAAUGGCAGUGGCAGUGGAAAAGAGCCCGUCGUUUCGGGUAAUGCUGUUGUUGCUGUUGGCUCCAUGGAGCCGAAAGUGAUUUCAGCACAGUCAUCCGAUGCUUUAGCCUCAAACGAGGCCGGAGAGGCAAAGGCGAAGGAGGGUCCAAACAGGUGUGGCACCUGCAGGAAACGCGUUGGUCUGACUGGUUUCAGUUGUCGGUGUGGGAACCUUUUCUGUGCUGUGCACCGCUACUCGGAUAAGCACGACUGCCAAUUCGACUACCGAAAGGCGGCCCAGGAUGCAAUUGCCAAAGCAAACCCUGUCAUUAAGGCCGAAAAGCUUGAUAAGAUCUAGAGAUAUGGGUUAAAGGUUAAUGAACUCUGUUCCGAUGAUCUCCACGUUAUCAUCAUGCCUUUUCUGUCAGUUGGCUGGAUGUUGGUGUCCUUUGAUCCUAUAUAUAUGGCUGGAGGAAUGAUGCAUGGGGCAUCCUUGCAGCCUCUCAAGAACCUCUAUCUUGUUGAUUGGAAAAGGUUUGCAUGUUGGAUCUGGUGUGUAAUCUUUAAUUUGUGCUGGUUUGCAUGGUGGAUGAGUACAACGUUAUGCUUUAGUUAGGUUUGUGACUUAGUUUCAUGGUUAUUAUGUUACAAGUCUAUCGAUCCUAGUAAUAAUCAGAUAGUGCAUGGAAAUGCCCAA